CUGACUUCUAAUGUUGUGCUCUUUCCAUCAUAUUUGCAGCAUGCCACUCCCUAGCCCACUGCCUCCCUGCCUGCCACCCCGCCCUGCCCAACACUCACGCACCCCACCUUCAAUGUCACCAUUUAUCUCCAGGGUGCAUUAGAAAUUUUUUUGAACCCAAAGUUUCUUUGCGUUUACUUUGCUAGAAAUCAUGAAUAUAUGCCGCAUGCAGUAGUUUUUUUUUGCGGGGAGGUAUAUUCUGAAAUCUCCCCCAGAGAGGGUUGUGAUCUGGGCCCCAGGAAGAAACAAAGCUUAAUCCAUUUUUCUUGGGGAAUGUCCACUUAUAUAACCAGGGAGCUAAGUGGAGACUGUCGACAGCCAGCAGAGGAAGACACGAAUUCUUCCAACCCAGUAUCAACCUGCGGAGGGCUUCUCGUAACUUUCCAGCCACAGUUUGUAGAAUCUCUCUUUUGACAUCCCCAAAGUCCCUUCCAGGUCUCAGAGCAGUCACAGUCUGUAGGGCAUACAUAACUAUUCCUUACUUGGCAUCUUCUCGCUAUAAUGCUGCUAAAGCGUUGUGUAUAAUUUCAAUUAUCUGUCAACUGGUUUGGAUUUUAAAUGCAUCAGGGGAUCUUGCUCUUUAUAGGGGCUACUUGAUCAAAGUUAAAAAGAAAUUAUUUGAUGCAGUGAAUAAUCGGGUGCUAAUGUCUCUUUGACAAUUAACCAACUGUUCGAAUGUUUACAGGGUGUUAAUGCAGGGCACGAAUUUAUCUUUCGGGUCAUACUGUUUGUUUAUACAUUUGUUUAUAUGUUUAUAUAUUUAGAGUGCUCAAAAUGGAGCCACCUUCUGCCCUUCAGACUCUUUCCUUUUAGGGCAACACGAUGGCCCCAGCACACUCACACACACUAUCACAUGAGGGCAGUGCCACUUUAGGAAACUGACAAAAACAGACCCUCUCAUUACCAAAGGAUUCCCUACUGGAUUCCGUUAAAUAGUUAGUUGCACAAAAGUGCCUCUCUUGUACAACGUGAGGUUCUCCUAUACCUGGAAGCAGGGGAGAGGGGAAAAGGUAUUUGCGGUUCCUGAAGCUCAGGCGGUGUGAGAGCCGUGGGGAAAUUAGCUCUGAGAAGGUUAAUUCUUCCUGGGAGGGUAAAGCUUUAAUGACAAGCCAUCUUUAAUGGGAUUAUCGUGAGAGCUCAUAUCUACAAAUAAGAUCAGGCUCAGGCCAAAGCCAGCUGCCUCCUCGGUGGAGGGCAGGCAAAGAGGCAACAAGGAGAGAAAAGGAAGUUUUCCAGAAAAUAUAAAGGGAAUAUAAAUGUCUCCACGUUGAAAUGUUACACUUCAAAUUCUCUGAGAUUCUCAGUUGCAUUAGAUUCUCUGGGGGCCAUGAUGACGACCCACUACAGUCCAAAUGAGUGCUGAGGCUAGAGCAGCAAGCUCUGUGAGAGCAUUCCCCCAGAGCUCUGCUUCAGGAGUUUUCAGUCGGGCAGUCAUCACUGACGUUUGUUCAGUACCCGCUGGUUACCUAGCUGCGGGCUCCACACUGUGGAGAGCCAUCAAGGAGUUAGAAAAUAUGGACCCUGCCCCCAGGUGCUCAGAAUGUCAUUCUGGAGGUCAAAUGGGUACAUAUGUUCACGCACAAGGGAAAGAGGUUUAAGAACAUUUAUUAAUCCAUUCAGGUUUAUUUUCCUAAGCCUUACUCUGUGAGUCCUUGUCAGUUAGAAAUCUCUGAUUAUAAGCACCUCCAGUGUCUUGGGAACACAGACUCUACCACAUCGUCGUGCUCCAUAAACCACCUCUGCUAAAGCGCCUCUAGGCACUUGUGCUCAGCGUGAGAAGCAUCAUCGUCCAGGGUACCAGGAAGCGCGGUUCUGAGACUGUCAGCUCUAUCAUGACCUUGCUGAGUGAUUUCUGCUAGAUCCUAUCCCCUCUCUGGGCCUCACAUGGAGAAGUGAAUCUUCAAGGUCCCUGUCAGCGCUGAUAUGGCGUGUGACAUAAAGCUGUACAUUUGAACAAACUAGAGAGCAAUUCAAGAGUGCUUAUAAUCAAGAGCUAGAUAGCGCCGGGCAGACUGAAUGCUGAGAGUAUAGCCUUGUCACGCUGUAUCACUUUUACUGAUUCUGAACAAUCCAGUUUUCUGACCCUCCCCCCGGCCAUGGCAGCCCUUUUAGCUGAGUGUCCUCUAAAUGGCCUUUGAGGAAUCAGGCAGGGAGGGGGCAGCACAGAGCCCCUGGCCUCUAUCAUUUGACACAUCCAACCCCAACAGGUGCACAGGCCCCGCCACUCUUCAGAUUUGGACAGCGGAGAGAAGGGACGGUGGCCUCAGACCCACAAAGAGCAAAGAUCCAACCCUCCAGCCCGUGGCUGGGAGGCAUUGGAAAUACCAUUUGGUGAAGUCUGGGUUUUUCUUUUUUGUUGUUGUUGUUUUUUGUUUGUUUGUUUGUUUAAUUUUCUUAGAACCACUCGGAGAAGAUUACAGUUUCAGAUCUCAAGUAAUGGCUGCAAUCAGUCAAUCAACAAAUAUGUGCUGAGCAUUUACUACGUGCCCAGAUUUCUGCCUAGGGUAUGGGGUUGGUGGGGGGAAGAUGAAGGAAGUAUCAGUUGCCAUGCCAGCCCUCAGGUGGUCUGUCCAACCUGCUUAAGGCAGGAGGAGGUUCCAUUGUGGGCAACAGUCAGAGAAGCAGCAAGUAGCGCCCCCAUCUCUUGUUUCUGUUGGGAAGGCAGUCUAAGUUUUGAGGAGGGGUACAGCAGCUGGCCUCUCCUCCUGAUGUCUGUCCCAGGCUAUUUUUAGACACAACUUAGGAUGGUGAGGUUGAGCAGCUGAAAGUGUACAGGGUGUUAGGACAAAGCUGGCUUAGACUGAGAAUUUGCCAUCACGGACACAAGUGUCUAAAACUACUCCAUCCUCCAGUGUUGAGCUCAGCUCUGCCCUGACAGGCCAGACAAAGUUAAGCGAGAAGCCAAGGCCCCAGGACAGAGUAAUGACAUGAGCAGUCCUAGGGGAAGAGCCCAAAUGCCUGAAGCCGAGAAUAAAACUUGCACCUCUAUGGAAAGAAUAUUGGGUCAAAAUGGGUCAUAGAAAGGAUAUUUCCUGCAAAAGAACAGAGAGAAAGAAAUCUGCCUCUUGUAACAACAGGAUGAUCAGGAUGAAGUGAACCAGAACUACUUAGCAGAUGAAGAGGAAGAAGCAGAAGAAGAGGCUCGGGUGAUGGUGGUACCUGAUUUGGAGGAGGAGGAGGAGGAAGAAGAAGAGGAGGAGAAAGAAGAAGAGGAAAAGGAGGAGGAAGAGAGUCAGACUCAGGAAACAGGCAGUGCCUGGUGGCGGAAAUGGCAGAUCGUGAACGAAUACCUGUGGGAUCCGGAGAAAAGGAUGUCUCUGGCCCGAACAGGUCAGAGUUGGAGCCUGAUCUUAGUCAUUUACUUCUUCUUCUAUGCUUCCCUGGCCGCUGUGAUCACCCUCUGCAUGUACACGCUAUUUCUGACCAUCAGUCCCUACAUGCCGACCUUCACUGAGAGGGUGAAGCCUCCUGGAGUUAUGAUCAGACCCUUCGCCCAUAGCCUUAACUUCAACUUCAACGUUUCUGAACCUGACACUUGGCAGCAUUAUGUGAUUAGUCUAAAUGGCUUUCUCCAGGGUUAUAAUGACAGUCUUCAAGAGGAAAUGAAUGUAGAUUGCCCCCCGGGCCAAUACUUCAUCCAAGAUGGUGAUGAGGAUGAGGACAAGAAGGCCUGCCAAUUUAAGCGCUCCUUCCUGAAGAACUGCUCUGGCCUGGAGGACCCUACUUUUGGCUACUCUACUGGACAGCCCUGCAUCCUUCUAAAGAUGAACCGGAUUGUUGGCUUUCGUCCUGAGCCUGGAGACCCUGUGAAGGUUUCCUGCAAAGUUCAGAGAGGUGAUGAAAACGACAUCCGAUCCAUCAAUUACUACCCAGAGUCGGCUUCUUUUGACCUCCGUUACUACCCUUACUAUGGCAAACUGACUCACGUUAACUACACCUCCCCGCUGGUGGCAAUGCACUUUACAGAUGUAGUGAAGAACCAAGCGGUGCCUGUGCAGUGCCAACUGAAGGGCAAAGGCAUCAUAAAUGAUGUCAUCAAUGAUCGUUUUGUGGGUAGGGUAAUCUUUACUCUGAACAUAGAAACCUAAGAACUUCAGGGGGCCACUCCCACCAGUUCUGUUUCUGUUUUAUUUCAUGUUACCCUGGUAGCACCUGAAUUCUUUUUCUUCAGUUGGGACACAGCCAAGUGGACACCUGAGACAGCAGAUCAUCUUUCCUUGCCUUUGACAUAUGUUCGAAAUGGCAUUGUGGGAGCUAUUUGAUUUUUAAAGGUAGUCUCUCCUGAUGACAAAUAGCUUAUAUUAAUUUCAUUUUCUCCCACUUAAAACUAAAACCCAUUCUUGCUGCUAGAAGUCUCAUUGUAGUGUAACAUAGUAUCUGAUAAAAUUCACAAUAGCCAUGAAGGAGAAUUUCCAUAAUGAUUAUAAAUUCAUCAUGUUUUCUAAAAAUUUGUUGUUUUUAGAGGUGAGAUUCCUCCCAACCAGGCUGAUAACUAACCAUUUUUGUUAACCUGCCUGGCAAGGUCCUUCCCUGAGAAUCACCAACCAGACCAAUCCAGAAUACACCUAGGGGCACCAUACCUAGGGAACUCUAUAUCCAGGGGUGCUUGUGAAACUGGCUGCCUCACAUGGGCAACUAAAUACUGAUUCACAGACUAGGUUAUCUUCAACUGGGACAGAAGUCAGUGAUAACUGGAUAUUGUCCUGCGAUAGACCAGAACAUAGACCUUCCCUAUCACUUUUUUUGGGAGGGGAGGCCCACUGCAACUGGGGAGAACGCCUACCAUGUGGAUGUGACUGGUAUUAGAUUCCUUGCUUUAUGGUGUAAUCAUCCAAAGGCAAAUGUUCCUGCAGAAAGGUUUGUCUCAGCUUCAGACACAGGAAGAAAACAAGGAAGAUCUCCACCAACUAAUUCUUCUUGAGCUCUUUGUUUGACAGUAGUGUGAUGUUCUUUGAGACCAUCAGGGAUAGGUGUGUUGACCGUCCCCGCCCACACCUUGCUACAGCGCUGGGGAUUGAAAUCAGGGUCUCCCAACUGAUAUGUGGUAAGACAGAAAGCUCCUGCCAGGCCACCCUAAAUUCAAGGCCCAUUAGCCAGCUUUUCAUUUGCUUAAAAAAUGAUAUGAGGCAGAUGUUUCUCCAGGUUGUGGAUCAGCCAGGCUGCUUUGUCUUAUCUUUGGCCAUGUGACCAUUCCACUGCUCCUUAACGCCUCCACCAGGGGGAGGGCUGGGACAAGGAGAAAAAGAAAGCAUCAGAGAAGAGCAUAGUGUCUCAGGGUCCAAAGCAGGGUUAAAUGCCACCUAGAAGUAUCCAGAGUCUGAAUCUCCUCUACAAUGUUUACCUUCUCCCAAAACAGGGAACUGACAGUCUGGUAGUGAAGACAAACAAGUAAAGAAGUAACUACAAUAUAGUGUGACAAGAGUUAUAAUACUAGUAUGUGGAAAUGCUAUGGGAACAUGAGGAAAAGUAAGCUGAGAAAGUAGCAGAGGAAAUUUCACAUGCAAAGUCACAAUCACGAAAGACCAUGGUGUGUUUGGGUAACUGUGAGCAGUUCAUGUAGCUGGAGUGUACAGGGCUCAGAGCAAUGGCAGGGAGCAGCAGUGGAUUGGGCUAGAAAUGUAUACAGGUACUGAAAGAAGACUUUGAGUUUUAUCGAGUAGGUGAAAAGGAGUCAUUAAAGCAUUUUAUGCAGGGAAGCUCUGUGGUCAUAUUUACUUUUUAGAAAGAGCACUUUGGCAGCCACAGUGUGAAGGGUGGAUUGGAGAGGGGCGAGACUGGGGAAUGGGCAAUGAGGGAGAAGAAGGAGUCAAGAAUGACGCCAAGGUUUUGAGCUUGGCUACAACCAGUGGGAUAGUGAUAUUGUUGAUUAAGACUGGAAAUACACGAAGUGAAGCAGGAUUGGAGAGGAAGAUGUUGAGAUCACUUUUGGACAUUUUAGGCUUUUGAUUUCUAUUGGUCAGACAUUGAUGUGGAGAUGUAAAUAUAAGUGGGGUUGGGAAGAAGGAAAUCUGAGAACAAAAGCAGCAUUCGCUUAAAUGAACUCUCUUAAUAAAGUCUAAGCUAUUUAAUCAUGGGAAUUUGAGCCACUUAUGUAAAGACACCACAGCAAUCUAGUCUCUCAGGUAGUGCUCCUCUCUUGGCUUAUGGCAGAAAGGACUGUUGCUGCUCUUUGGAAUCUCCUUCCCAGACACCUUUCCAGCUUUAAUGACAGAGUAAAGGGGGUUGACUGCUAUUAACAAGUGAUUAAAAGACAUGCGACAGCAGAUUUGUGGAAGAUACAAAAAACAAUGAAACUGUCUCCUCCCAACGCCUUUCCUUACCAAUUCCAUUUUCAAAGCUAACCUUUAAAAAGAAACAAACUUGAAGAUAACAACUUUAAAGCCACCUAAAAAUUACCUCAAAUAACCAAACUCUCGAGAUUUAGUAGUAAAAGGUAAUAGAACAUUAGAUCUGGAAAGGAUAUUAGAGUGUUUAGUGAAAACAACCUGCAUUGCAUCUGACUCCAGGUCCAGUGCUCUUUCUACUCUGAGCUGCUGCUUACCAGGAAGUAUCAUCUUUUUAAAAAUCAAUGAAUGAUACCCCAAACAUUUAAAAACAUAUGUCAAAUUUGAGUUAGAAUAGUUAACAUUUCACAGGAAUUCAACUGGUGCUAUAUAUUAUACAUAAUACAUUAUCCUGUUAAAUACGUUGACUAUUAAACAGACAAGGAAUUAUGAAUCUUUUGUCAUACAGUAUUUCUCAUUCAGUGGAAUCCAUCGUGUCCACAGUUUCAAAGCAGUAAUGAAUAGUACUAGGGCAGUUGGGGAUGUCAGCUGGGACAUUUAAAAAUAGCUUUAUUAUACAGAACUGGAUAUUAUAAUAUAUUCACUAAAAUUGGAUUCUAACAAUUCAAUAAACUUCUAAUGGAUUAAUUUAAAUAGUCCCCCAAACUGUGCUGUACCAGGAUUUGAUUUGUAUACCAUCUGUUGCAGUGCACUUGGUUUUACUUGAUUGUCAAUGAGAAAUACUACUUCCAAAUGCCUUCAUGAUUUUGUCCAUGCUAGACUUAGGAUUUUUUACUUCUUAUCCCUCUGAAAUUAUUAUCCUGAAGUUACCUUUCUUAGGCAUCUGUUUGCUGGGAAUCUUCAUAUAGAAGACAUUAAUAUUGUCUUGGGGAGUUGUUGACAGCAAUAAAUUAAAAUAAAAAAGGAGUGUAUGAUUUCCUCUUUCUAAACUGUACCACUGAUUUUCCCAUAGGAAUACUGGGCAGACAUGUGGGUGGAAAACUCGACAACUGACAGCCUAUUAGUUUAAGACAUUUUUUCUUCUUCUCCCUCCCACCUUUUUUUUUUUUUUCUGACUCUUGGGAUUUGGCCACAGGAGGAUGAAACUAAAAGUUGUUCCAUUUCUGAGCAUUUUUCCUUUUGCAGUCUUCAAGCUCCAGUUUCUCGGAAGACUACUUUGUCAAAGUAAACUUCCUUUCUUCAUCAGGGUUGAGUUCCAUUAUAAACUGUUCUCUUUGUGUAGGAGAAGAACACUAUGAGAAACUUUGAGGUGGGGAGAAGGAAGCAAAAUUCAAAGAGAAACUGCAAGUGCUUGAUGAAAGUCUAGCUAAGUGACUUCAGGGCACAUUUGACCCCAAACUGUCUCCCAGAGCAAAUCUCUAGUUGUAACUGCAACUAAAGACAGAAAUAUUUCCACUCCCUUGUUUGACUCAGAGGCUAGGCUGCAGUAGGAAUCCCUUUCUUUGGAAGCUGCCCUGGGCUAAGCUCUACUAGGUUGAUAUAGUUUGACUUGGGGCGAGGUCUGUGAUCCCAAUAUAUUUCCCCCAUCUAGGUUCUUUGUUAGAGUCAUUUUUCCUUACUGACUUCAAACAUGAUAAACCAAUUUAACCAAAUCAUACUGAAGUGUGAUUUACACUGUGAUUUUAUCCAGGCAGAAAAUAGAGUUUUGGGGGUUCGUGUGUGUGUUGAGGUGUGUAUGGGGGCCUAGGAUGGAUGGAGGCAAAGGGCAAGGAAAAUGGAGUUGAGAGGCUGAAUAGCCCUGCCUACUUCACAAAGUUCUGCAGUUGCAGGCUAGGAGGGAAGAAAAGCUGAUAGAGGGAUCCAAAAGGUUUAAGAAGGAUGUGAUAGGCUCUCAAUCUGACAGCACAGUAUCCAGGAUAUACUUCUUUGCAGGCUCCUGUAUGGCCAUAGCUUCAGUUAGGGUUCCAACAAGAAACAGAUAGCACACUUGACAAAAUGGAAUAAUUGGAAGAGGAUUUAUUUACAAAGAGAUUACUUAUAAAUGUGUAGAUGUAUGGAACCACAAAGAAUAGCAUAAUAACCCAGGCUAGUAUAAGCUAAACUCUAGCCUUCCCCAGACCCUAAGGGACAACGGUAGGAAGUGGUUCCCAGAACCCGGAAGGACUGAGUUGUGCCCAGUUGACUGCUUUGAGAGGAGUGGCAACCUUGUUGGAGGACUAAGUUAGCUCUAGGUGACCUUGUAGGUGGGGAAAUAGGAGAAUAAAUACUUUGACUUAAUUUUCCUCCCUCCCUAUGAUCUCCUGCUGGUAAUUCCCAUUGCCCAAACUCAACCAAAAGUCAAAGGGCAAGGAAGCCCACCGAUGUGGUCCAUACAGGUCAGCCUCCCAAGGAAGAAAGCAGGGUGGAAAAGGGUAGAAAGUGCAUUUGGAGGGGCAAACACGAAAUACCUAGCACAGCCACCAAGAUUCUGAGAUUCUGAGGACAGUCUCCUCAGAGCCUGAUACAGUGCUGGAACCAUCUACUGAACCGACUCCAGUGAUUGGGGCAAUUUUAUCUUCAUGCAUACUCUGCUCCAUGGCUAUGGGGUCAGAGGUAGUAGGCUUUCCCAUUACAGAAACUCUU